AUGACCAAAAGUCCCCGGUACGGUCGGGAUCGAGGUCUACCUGUGGAGAAUUACUUGCCUCACGCAAUCCUAGCAAACGACAUUAGCGGUAUUGUCGAGAAAAUUGGACCAGACUUCCAGAGGUUCUCCGUUGGAGAUAGCAUUGUUGGGCAGUCAAAUAUCCUGUCGGGUUCCCCUGACCAAGCUGGCUUGCAGGAGUUCUGCAUCCUUGACGCAAAAUUGCUGCUACCAUACUAA